AUGCAACCUUCCCGCAGAAGCUCUCGAUUGUCUGAGAAAGUAACAUAUGCGCCGGUUUCCUCCGCCGCUGGGCCCUCUGAAUCUUCCCGAAAACGAGUCCGCAAGCAGCGCCGAGAAAUAGCUCCGUCACCACCGUCACCACCUGCUGCAGUUACCUCUUCCUCUGAUGACGAGGUUGAAGCUUUCCAACCCAAGGAGCCACGCUAUCAAGCAAGUCGUGCCUCUUUCCAGGCACGAAAUAAGGAGAAUCCCGAUUUGCUUCACUCGCACAUCACACCGAUCUCGAGUCGGUUUGUCACAAGCAAUGCAGCUGAAAGGUAUGAAAAGUUGGCUCCCCGGGGCUUCGUGAUUCAACAAAGGUUAGAUGUGAAUGAUGAGAACUUGUCUGAUGUGAAAAGAGUGGUAGUUAGGUCCGGACUGAUCUAUACUCUAAUUGACUGCGAUUUAUUUCACCCAAAUGUCGUGAAAGAGUUCAUUGCGAAUCUGGGGGCUGCUGAGAAUAGAGAGGAUGGCGUUGCUGUAUUUCUUCGUGGAUCUAUGGUAGAUUUCUCACCUACACUGAUCAAUGCUCUGUAUCUGAUUCCGGGAUUUGAAGAGGACCCUGACUACAUGACUGCUGACAUCGACAUUGUGUGCUCGUUUUUGACCGAUAAUCGAGUGCAACGUUGGGAAGACAUGAGCUCCAAAUACCUAACUCGGACAAAUCAGGUGCUCUACAAGCUCGUGUGCUCCAACUGGAUACCUACGACUAACUACACUUCAAUGAAUCAGGAGCGACUCAAGUUCCUCUACAUGCUUCAUCAUCACAGGAGUUUUGAUUUUGGUCAGUCCGUUUAUGAUCAGAUCAUCAGUUUUUCAGCUAACGUUAACACUGACAAGUCUCGGAGGAUCAUCUUCCCUACGCUGAUUCAGCAAGUCAUUGACUAUCAACGAACUGUGUUGUCUUUUGAAGAAGAUGAUGAGUACACAGGAUAUCCGAAGCUCGUUGUCAAAGACAUCAAGGCAGGUCGAGGACAGGGUGCUGAUGCUCGGUCUGUGGAUCUUUUGGCUGACAUUGAGCGAACCAUAGCUGAUCUGAAAAACAUUCGGAUUCGCUUGAGGAGGGGAGAAUACCCGCAGUACACACAACAGCCUUCACGGGAUGAGGAGGUUGUAAUGGAGCAGGACAGUGAUCAGAGUUCUAUGCUCAAGUAUGUUGAAAGAUCAAAACCUCCAGAGAUUGAUGAGUGUGAUAGAGUUGAUGAUGAGAAUAAUUAUGGCUUAAAGAAUGAUAAAGCAGAGGAAAAUAUGAAUGUGGAUGACAAAGAAGAAACUGAAAACGGGGCUGACUAUGUGGAUGCUUUUAACGUUAGAGAGGAAGAUGAGGUUUUAAAUGUUAGUGAUCCUGCAAAUUGGCGAAACAUUGAUCAGAGUUUAAAAGAUUAUAUGGUUGAAAAAGGUCCAAUGGCAAAGACUACAUGA